AUGGACCCUGGAUUCCUCAACAAGCCUCGCGGCCACCCAUCAUCGUCGGCCGCUGCCCCUCGCGCAAGCCGACCCCAGCCAAACUUCCUCCAGCGUUUCUGGCGAGACGAGAUCGCAAACCCAGAGAAGCGAGCUGGUAAUCAGGCCGUGGCCUGGGGCGUCAGCUUUUUCGUGGCCGGCAUCGUAUUUGCGAGGACUAUUGCAAAGGACGUCAUUGUUCCAGCUCUCUAG